CCGGAAAGAACUCCUUGUUUCUUCCAAGCUCAUCAACUUAAUCUAUUCAUUUACGCUUUCAUCCACAGCUCAAUUCUUUCGUCAACUUCUCAUUUCCCUCGUAACUCGACUUUUAUACCUACCUACCAAAAUGUCCGAGACAUAUACUACCGCUGAGGUUGGAAAGCACAAGGAUGAGGCCAACGGUUUCUGGCUCAUCGUUGAGAAUGACGUUUACGACGUGACCAAGUUCAUCGAUGAACACCCUGGUGGUGCUAAGAUCCUGAAGCGCUGGUCUGGAAAGAACGCUACCAAGGCCUUCUGGAAGUACCACAACGAGCAUGUCCUGGAAAAGUAUGGCAAGGACCUCAAGAUUGGCGCUGUUGGCGAGAGCGCCAAGCUAUAGAGAGAUACCCAACUCUGGGACUCAAAGGCGGUAGCGUGCACUUUUUUCUGAUUUGAUUUAAUUUGAUUUUGGCAUGGCGCAUACCACAUGUUGGAUUAAGCUACACAAUAUAGGCGGAUUUGUAUCGAGUUCAAAGAUCUCAGUCUAGAAGCAAGUGGUGGAUGGUUCAGCAUACCAGAACAUAUCAGGCAGGCCAUGGAGUAAAGAAAUAUUCAUAUGGACCGAGAACUUGAACCCAUUGCGUGCUAUUAUAU